UUAUCCUAGAUCAGAGACGCGAACUCAAACACGUCAAACAGUACGCAUAGCUCCGCCCACAUCUGACUCUGGAUCGGUGCACGAAAAUACUGGAGAGAAGCCUGAAGUCGAAGCCAUCAUGGCCGCCAGCUCUGACUCCCUCCCGUUGGGGGAGAUUGAACGGGCUGUAACGGCAGGUGUGCGGGCUGAGGCUCCGCUUCAAACUGCCGUUCUGUCGUAAACACCAUUAAUGAGGAGUCAAGGGGAUGCCAGUGCCCGAGGUGGCGUCUAACACUGCCAGCGCUGCCACCAUGUUGAGUCCUGUUCUCAACUCCUCCAACGGGGACGGCUCCGAGUCUGAAACCACCUCCGCCAUCCUCGCCUCCGUCAAGGAGCAGGAGUUGCAAUUUGAACGUCUGACCCGGGAGCUGGAAGCCGAACGCCAGAUUGUUGCCAGUCAGCUGGAGAGAUGCAAGCUUGGCUCUGAAACUGGAAGCAUGACUAGCAUCAGCUCGGCAGAUGAGAAGUUUCGGUGGAAUAACCAAGAUGGACAGAAGGACAUAGAGGAGGAGCUUACAACAGGCCUGGAGCUGGUGGACUCCUGCAUCCGCUCACUUCAGGAGUCGGGCAUCUUAGACUCACAGGACACCUCUACAGGAGACAGACAAGGACUCCUGUCACAAAGCGCUCUGCAGCUCAACAACCAGGAUGCCUAUGCAGCAGCUGGUUACCAUAGCAACCAAGGCCUGACUCUUGGGGAAUCGGUGUCGGGCCGCAGCGGGCACGUCGGAGGGGCAGUGCACAGCUACAACCAGGUGACAUCCAGCCGAGCGUUGGUGGGGACAGAUUCCACCGCUCAGUCCCAGAGAGACUCCUUUGCCCAUGGCAGCGCCUUCCACAUGCCCACUGAGGGAGGACCCGCGCCUGUUGGACCAUCCAUGUAUUAUUCCUGUGCCACCUUGCCUGCACAGCGGGUCAGCUCCCCUCUGCAGGCGGUGGGAUCCCCCACCAAGCUGCAGCGCCUGGGGUCCACGUCCUCCGACAUGCCCAGCUACGCCACGCUGCAGAGGGUGUCGUCGCCCAAGCAGUCGCCCAGCCGCCUGGCCAAGUCCUACAGCACCUCGUCGCCCAUUAACAUGGUAGCAUCGGGCACCGCGGGCUCCUCCUCCCCCCUCCCCAUGGCCGCCUCCCCCGGAGGGAACCACGCCUCGUCGCCCCUUCACCAGAUCAGCUCGGCCGUGGGAAGCUACGCCACGCUGUCUCCCACCAAGCGCAUGCUGCACCACAUCGGGGCCGAGACCUACAAGAUUUCCCACGAGCUCUACGCCAACGCAACCCUGCAAAGGCCUGGGAGCCUGGCAGGUAGAGGCUCCAGAGGUUCCUACAGCAGCCAGCACAGCCACCUGGGCUCCGAGCUCCGACCUCUGCAGUCCCCUGAACACCACAUCGACCCCAUCUAUGAGGACCGGGUCUACACCAAGCCCAACCUCAGAGGGCAAGCCCCGCCCUCCCCUGGUGUUGACCCAAUCCCCUUGCAGCGGACAGGAAGCCAGAGCACCACCGGCACCUUCCAGAGAGGCGGCUUCAGCGCGGGCAGCGGAGCGGCCGACUACGCCAAUCCCUACCGGACCCUCCAGUUCUGCCCGUCCACCGAGUCGCCUUACAGCAAGUCUGGCCCCGCCCUCCCCCCUGAGGCCGCGCUGGGCCGGUCUCCAUCGGUGGACAGCAUCCAGAAGGACCCGAGGUACGACCCCGAAUUCCUUGUGUGGAAUCAAAAUCAAGCCGAGCAAAGAAUGACAAAGGAGUUUGGCUGGAGGGAUCCGGAGCUUCCAGAGGUGAUCCAGAUGUUGCAGCAUCAGUUCCCAUCCGUCCAGUCCAACGCUGCUGCCUAUCUUCAGCACCUCUGCUUUGGAGACAACAAGAUAAAAUCAGAGAUCCGGCGGCAGGGCGGCAUCCAGCUGCUGGUGGACCUGCUGGACCACCGGAUGACCGACGUCCACCGCAGUGCCUGUGGAGCCCUGAGGAACCUGGUCUACGGCAAAGCCAACGAUGACAACAAGAUCGCGCUGAAGAACUGUGGAGGCAUCCCAGCGCUGGUCCGGCUGCUGCGCAAGACCACGGACGUGGAGAUCCGGGAGCUGCUCACAGGCGUCCUGUGGAACCUGUCGUCGUGCGAUGCCCUGAAGAUGCCCAUCAUCCAGGACGCGCUGGCGGUUCUGACCAACGCCGUCAUCAUCCCCCACUCGGGCUGGGACACCUCCCCCCACACGCAGGAGGACCGCAAGCUGCACCUGCACUCGUCCCAGGUCCUGCGCAACGCCACCGGCUGCCUCCGGUCAGUGCCGUUCCCUGAGAGACAGCGGCGCUCUAUUUUUAGACGCGCGGGGUAUUUUUACCAGCGUUCAGGCAGACGUGACAGACUCCGCUAUAUUUAGGAUGAGUCACGCUGUGGCUCCUUGUUCCCUCGCUCGCGUCUUUGUAGUCGUACAGUUCGGAAGCGCUGAUUGUUUAUUGUUUUGCUAUGCAACAGGACCACAACUUGUUUUCCAUUCACGACUUGUGAAAACAUGGCCUUCGCACCACAGCAGAAGCUCAAGGUUCAGUUGGGAGCUGCUGUGGGUCAAACGUGCGUCAGCGCCUCGUCCACACAAAUAAACACGGCUCUUACUGCGCUGUUUGUUUUCGGCCGACGUUUUAAUGGACCGUGCUAAUUUUUACUGAUGGCAAAAGUCAAGUGCAAGAAGUAGGAGGUAGGCGUGCGUCAGAGGGAGGAAUAAUGAAUGGUGGCGGUGUCACACUCACCGUGCAAACUAAUGUAUCAUCUGCCUUUUAAACCCCAUAAUUAAACAGUGUGUGGGAAGCGGCGGCGCCCUGGUCCGACACCAGCGCCUCACGCUGUGUUCCUGAAGUGACUGCUGUGUAAAUGCUUUCAGACGCUGCAGACUCAUCACCUGUAACUCACACCUUCUCAAAGUUAGUCUGGAGGCGAAGGAAGCGCUGCAUUCAGCGUUCACAGUAUGUUUAUACGAGGGUCCUGUGUUGCUCAGUGGUCUGAGUGUGUGAGUGUUAUGUGUAUUUAUUGAUUGACGGUGUCAGGACGCCGGCCUGGGUCUAUUUCUUCUCACUUCCACUGGUUCUCGGCCUCCGUCUCGUCUGCAUCCAGCCACAUGUCACAUCUCUCUACUGCUGCUCCUCUUCCUGCUCAUUUGCCCAGCUGGUUCUGGACUGAUAUGUGUGAUUAUUAUAGUGAGCUAUGGACUCUACACAGACCCUUGCUGGGGUUUACAUGGUGGCCUUGGACAGGCAUGUGAGUGUGCUCAUCAUCCUAGCAGUCAGCAGGGUUCCAUUUCAUCCGUCUGUGACUGUGUCUUGACUUCUACCCAUUAUCUAAUUCCUCCCAUGCCUCCUCCUGAACAACCAGCCGCCUGCCUUUCAAACACACAACACAGAUGUAGUCCCAGCCAGCACAAAUGCAGGGGGCUGAUUAGGAACAUUUGCUGGGUUUUACUUGUGCACGGCUUAAACCUGUCCAGUGCUUUGGGACGACCUCUGUUGGUAAUUGGUGCCACUGUAUAUAGAACCUGAGAACCUGCUGAUGUAAUAAUGCAGCAUACGUAGUGCAGAGUUCUUUUUAGUCAAUUCCAAUAAUAUUUGUGUGUGAAAACACAUACGGUAGUUUGAUGAAUUGUGCCUGAGUGUGUGUGUGU